CCUUCCCUGCCCCACCCCACCCUACCCCGCGGGUCCAAGGCUUGACGGUUUGAGAACCCGGAAAACCACAUUUCCCAGAGCGCAUCGCGACCACGAAGGUCGCACUACUGCCGUGCGUUCGCCGGCGCCGUUUUUUGUAGAGGGGCAGAGUGGUGCGGCCUGUGAUCAUGGCGCUGUUCCCGGCCUUUGCGGGUGUUAGCGAGGCUCUCGAUAGCGGGAGCUCCAGGAAAGAAUUAGAUUGGCUGAGCAACCCAAGCUUUUGUGUUGGGACCGUAACAACUCCGAGCCAACAAACCGAAGAGGCCACAGUGCUCCUUUCUGACGGGUCACCGCUGACGAGGAGUCCCGUGAAAUCAGACCCUUCAGAUGACAGUGACGCGAACAGAAAGCUCAGACAAACCGGCAGAAAGAAGAAGAGAGAGAAGAAGAAGAAAAGGAAGCAUCAGCACCACAAGAAAACCAGGAGACGCCGUGGGCAGCCGGGCGGCAGCGCGUCUGAGUCUGCGUCGGACGCUGGCUCUGACCGGGACGGGUCUUCCAGAGGCAGCAGAGACGGCAAGAGAGAAUCGGGGAAGCCGAGUCAAGAACACAGUGCUGCUGCGCCCAUCGGACGUCGCUGUGUCUGGCUGGAGGACCUCCAGGCUCUGACGGAAGAAGCCUUCAGAACCGAUACGAAACCAGACCCUGCAAACUGGGAGUAUAAGUCGCUGUACCGAGGAGACAUAGCCAGGUACAAGAGGAAAGGCGACUCCUGCCUGGGCAUUAACCCUAAGAAGCAGCGCAUAUCCUGGGAGGGGGCUUCUGCGGCAAAGAAGCACUCACACAGGCGUGUCGAGCGCUACUUCACGAAGAAGAACGUGGGGCUGAUGAACGCCGAUGGGGUUGCCAUCAGCAGUAAGACUGGACCUCUCUCAUCUGAGCCAGUGUCCUUCAUCCCGGUGAAGGGCUCGGACGAUGCGGCUCCUCCCGUUACGACCUGGCUGAACCCUCUGGGGAUUUAUGAUCAGUCCACCACGCAGUGGCUGCAAGGACAGGGUCCUUCAGAGCAGGAAUCAAAGCAGCCAGACAUAGAGCCAGACCGAGAGGAUGCACUUCUCAAGGCCAAGGUGGAGGAGUUUAACAGGAGGGUGCGAGAGAAUCCUCGGGAUAUUCAGCUGUGGAUGGCGUUUGUUGCUUUUCAGGACGAGGUCAUGAAAAGCCCCGGCCUGUAUGCCGUCGAGGAAGGCGGGCAGGAGAAGCGGAAGAGGUCCCUGAAGCUCAUUCUGGAGAAGAAGCUGGCCAUUCUGGAGCGAGCCAUCGAGAGCAACCAGAGCAGUGUGGACCUGAAACUGGCCAAGCUGCAGCUCUGUGCGGAGUUCUGGGAGCCGGCCACGCUGCUCAGAGAGUGGCAGAAGCUGAUCUUCCUACACCCCAACAAUACCGCCCUUUGGCAGAAAUACCUUCUGUUUUGCCAGAGCCAGUUCAGCACCUUUUCAGUGUCAAAAAUUCACAGUCUUUAUGGAAAAUGCCUGAGUACUUUGUCGGCCGUGAAGGACGGCAGCAUCGUGUCUCACCCCGAGCUGCCUGGCACCGAGGAGGCCAUGUUUGCACUCUUCCUGCAGCAGUGCCACUUCCUGCGCCAGGCCGGCCACUCCGAGAAGGCCGUCUCUCUGCUCCAGGCCAUGGUCGACUUCACCUUCUUCAAACCCGACAGUGUGGAGGGCCUGCCCACCAAAGGACAGGUCCAGCCCACACUCACGGGUGGGAAUCCAACGAGGCAGGAGGCGAGGGAUGGGGGCUGCCGUGGAGUCCACCUCCCACACGAGGUGGAAUUCUUCGAGCCCUUUUGGGACAGUGGAGAGCCCCGGGUGGGGGAGAAGGGCGCCCGCGGCUGGAGAGCCUGGAUGCACCAGCAGGAGCGGGGCGGCUGGGUAGUCAUCACUCCAGAUGAUGACGACGAUGAACCGGAAGACGAUGACCAGGAAAUCAGAGAUAAGACUCUGCCCAGGUGGCGGAUCUGGCUGGCUGCCGAGCGGGCCCGAGACCAGAAGCACUGGCGGCCGUGGCGCCCUGACAAGACCAAGAAGCAAACUGAGGACGACUGUGAGGACCCAGAGAGACAGGUGUUGUUUGACGACAUCGGACAGUCUCUGAUCCGACUUUCCAGCCGAGCACUCCGGUUCCAGCUGCUCGCGGCCUUUCUGCAGUUCCUGGGCGUGCCUUGUGGCUUCAGCCCUCCUGCCGCCUGCCUUUACCUGGCCAUGGACGAGAACAGCGUCUUCGAUCACGGACUUUGUGACGAAAAGCCGUUGACUUUUCUCAACCUUUCAUUUUCCGGCGUGAGCUCUGUCGGCCGCACGGACCAGUUGGGCUGCCGGCGCUGGACCAGAGGUCACAGCCGAGAGGGCGAGGAGUUCAUCCGCAACAUCUUCCACCUGGUGAUGCCGCUGUUCUCAGGCAGGGAGCGGUCUCAGCUCUGCUUCUCCUGGUUACGAUACGAGAUUGCGAAGGUCAUUUGGUGUCUUCACACUAAAAACAAGAAGAGAUUAAAGUCACAAGGAAAGAACUGCAAAAAACUAGCCAAGAAUCUCCUUAAGGAGCCAGAAAACCGCAACAAUUUUUGCCUCUGGAAGCAGUAUGCACAUCUGGAGUGGUUGCUGGGCAACACGGAGGACGCCAGAAAAGUUUUUGAUACGGCACUCAGCACAGCAGGGAGCGGGGAGCUGAGGGACCAUGAGGUCUGCGAGCUCAGUCUGCUCUACGCUGAGCUGGAGCUGGAGCUGGCCCCAGACCCGAGAGGGGCCGCCACGGCCCGAGCUCUUCACAUAUUAACCAGGCUGGCUGAGAACAGUCCCUAUGGACCCUACGCCGGGCAAGUCCCAGCCGUUCACAUUCUGAAAGCUCGGAAGGCUUACGAACGUGCUCUGCAGGACUGCUUGGGUGGGAGCCGUGUCUCUGACCCACCUGCCGCUGGUUCCCUGGACCGCCUCGUUAGCGUGGUUAAAUGCUUUAUGCUCUUCCAGUACUUGACUGUAGGGAUCGACGCCGCUGUGCGGAUAUACGAGCAGGUGUUUGCAAAACUGAAGGGCUGUGUUUCCCCAGAAGGCCCAGGCCCGGAGCACAGCGCCAGCACUGGGAGCGUGAGCAGUGCUCUCGAGGCCGUCACGCUCAUGCACACGAGCCUGCUCAGGUUCCACAUGAAAGUCAGUGUCUACCCCCUGGCUCCUCUGCGGCAGGCGCUCUCGGAGGCCUUGAAGUUGUAUCCGGGCAACCAGGUUCUUUGGAGGUCGUAUGUGCAGGUUCAGAACCAGUCCCACAACGCCAGCAAGACCAGAAGGUUCUUUGAUGCAGUCGCCAGGAGUGCAGACCCCCUGGAGCCCUGGUUGUUCGCGAUUGAGGCUGAGAAAAUGAGGAAAAGACUGGUGGAGACGGUUCAGAGGGUCGAUGGCAGAGAGGUGCACGCCACGAUUCCUGAGACCGGCUUGACGCACCGGAUCAGAGCCCUGUUUGAAAACGCCACCCGGAGUGACCACGGCAGCCACUGCCCCUUACUGUGGAGGAUGUAUUUGAAUUUCUUGGUGUCCUUAGGAAAUAAGGAAAGGAGCAAAGGUGUCUUCUACAAGGCGCUCCAGAAUUGUCCUUGGGCAAAGGUGCUGUACAUGGACGCCGUGGAGUACUUCCCCGAUGAGAUGCAGGAGGUCCUGGACCUGAUGACGGAGAAGGAGCUCCGGGUGCGCCUGCCGCUGGAGGAGCUGGAGCUUCUGCUUGAGGACUAGAGACCCCCGCCCCACCCCGGGGGACGGGGCCACACCUCCCAGGCCGCAUUGUCUGCCCCACGUGAGCUGGGAUGAGCCAGAGGAGAUGAUGGUACCUGCAUGUCAGAUCUCUUUCAAGAUUCUUUCUGGGUUUGGUCUGGGUUGUCAGUCUCACCUCGUGCACAUUUGUGCAAAUGACACAAAAGCUCUUUUGUUACAUACUGUAUAUGCAUGUAUAUGUGAAUCUGUGUAUAUAUGUACAUAGACGAGAAUUGGGUCACACGAUGAACUAAACCUGUCGUGCUUGGUACGUGUUCGUUCUGCUCUUUCUCUGCCCAGCCAGCCCUGUCAGGGUAGAUGCCCCACUCACUUGGCACCCAUGGUGGUCCUUGCCUAGGCUUCUGGGUUUUGUAGGCAGGACACGGCCCGGUUCCUCAACGCCAGGACCUUCUCCCUGGGGCUGGUUACAGGGAGAUUUUGCCCUUGUUUUCAGACCAGGGCAGGGAGUCACAUAAAACCUGGUGUUCUGGUUCUGGCCCUGGCCUGUACUGAGUGUAUUAAAGUCUCUCGUUGUUCCCAGA